AUGCCUUUUUGUAAUCCAUGUCUUCGUCCUGCUGAUUCAUCAAUAUUAACAUAUACUAAACAUUCAUCAUCUAUUUCAAUAAAAAAUCUUCUACGUCGUCAAUUAUUUAAGAAAUUUUCUACAAUAACAAAAUGUCAAUCAUCAUUUCAUUCUACAAUUAAUAAACAAGAAAUAAAUCAUAAAUUUAAACGAAUUAAAGGAUCAAAUAUUAUUCGUGAAAUUAAAAUAAAUUCUAAAAAUAAUCAAACAUUAGAUUUAAUAAGUAAUUAUGAUAUGACUGUAAAUCAUGAUGAUGAACUUGAUGAUACACAAAUUGCUUUAUCACAUAGACAAUCAAAAAAAAUUCCACGUUGGGCUAGAAAAAGUCAACUUCAAUUAGCUAUUAUUAAUCAAAUCUAUUAUAAUGAUAAAAAUCCUGAAGAUAUAUUUGGUUCAAUUCAUCUUGAUUUUGCACAUGAAAUAAUUAAUUCAAUUGAAUUAUGGAAUACAGAACUUCCUUUUGGUUAUACAUAUGAAACACUUCCACCAAAUUUUGUUUAA